AUGUACAACCAGUACCAACAGGGCGGAUACUCGCAGAAUUACGGCCAGUACCAGCAGGGGUACCCGCUCCAGCAACAGAGCACCGGUUUUUACGGCGCGGCGCCGCAGCAGCCGGGGCUUUUCCAAGGCCAGCAAACUGGAUUCCCGCAACAGUUCCAGGGCCAGUUUGCCCAGCAGCAGGCGGUGCCCAGCCAACAGCAAGGGUUCCAGCCGCAGCAGACGGGCUACGCGCCGCUCCAGGCACAAAAAACCGGCUUCUCGGCGGCUCUCGCCGAUGUCCAGGAGAACUCCGACAUCAAAAUCCCAAACAUGCGCUUAUCGUUCAUCACCGCCAGCGACCAGACCAAGUUUGAGCACUUGUUCCGCACGGCAGUCGCCAAGGGCGAGAACGCUGUGCUGGGCGACACCGCCCGGGACAUUUUGUUGCGUUCUGGCUUGGCGCCGGUGUUGUUAGCCGAAAUCUGGGCUUUGGCCGACACAAACAAGCUGGGACUGCUUUUGUUCCCGGAGUUUGCAUUGGCGUUGCACUUGUGCAACAUGGCGUUGCGUGGCGAUCAAUUGCCCCACCAAUUGCCCGAGAAAUGGGCAAACGAGGUUCAGAGCUUUGUCGACGCCAUCAACUUCAGCGUGCCUGAAGACCCGGCCGCCAUCUUGGCCAACACGCCCUUCUCCAGCUUUGCCCAGGACAAGUCUGACUGGAUGACCCAGGGACCAGCUCCGCCAACUUCGUUUGUUCCCCAGAAAACUGGAGGCGGCUUGGUGCCGUUGCAGCCCCAGCAGACUGCGGGAUUGGUCCCUGCCCAAGGAUUCCAGCCGCAGUCGACUGGCUACCAGCCACUCCAGCCACAAACCACAGGCUUCCAACCACUCCAGCCCCAAACGACUGGUUUCCAACAGCUUCAGCCUCAGACGACAGGCUAUCAGUCUCAAGGCGGACAGUCUGGUUUCCAAGGAAUCAAGCCACAAACGACUGGCUACCAGGCUCAAGGAAUGCAAUCGCAGGGGAUUCAACCUCAAUCCACAGGCUUCCAACCUCAGGCAAUCCAGCCUCAGACCACUGGGUAUCAAGCACAAGGCAUCCAGCCACAGUCAACUGGAUUCCAGCCCCAGUCAACUGGAUUCCAGCCCCAGUCAACAGGAUUUCAGCCCCAGAACACUGGAUACCAAAACACAGGCAUCCAGUCUCUCCAGCCCCAAUCCACUGGCUUUUUGCAGGCCCAGCCUACGGGUAAACCAGGUCAAUGGGGUUUUGUGUCGAUGCCUACCGGAGGUAUCCCCGGUUUGAAUGCUAUGCAGCAGCACUUUUUGCCUUCGGCAGAGCUUCCUAGCCAUAAUUUGCAGAAUGCAAUGGGUGGCUCGUUGAAAAGCAACGUUACGUGGGCUAUCACCAAACAAGAAAAACAAAUCUACGACGGUAUUUUUGCCGCUUGGGACACUGGCAAGCAGGGCUACAUCCAAGGUGAUGUAGCCAUUUCUAUUUUUGGCAAGUCCGGUUUGAGCAGACCAGACUUGGAAUCGAUCUGGAACUUGUGCGAUUCAAGCAACAGAGGCAAGUUGAACAAGGAUGAGUUUGCUGUGGCUAUGCAUCUCGUUUACCGCAGAUUGAAUGGCUACGACAUUCCCUUGCGGUUGCCUCCAGAAUUGGUACCUCCAUCUGCCAAGUAUUUGCAGGAUUCUGUAGAUACAUUGAAAAACUCCUUGAAAGGCGGCUCAGCUAAAAAAGCGGCGCCAGCGGCCAAGCCAACGACUUCAGCUUCCAGAUUCAAGAAUGAUGAUGACAAUGUGGGCUACGUUUCUAGCUCUCGUCAUAAGAGCAGAAAACCUAGUGAACUGCAAGGCAGUGUACCCAACUCUAAGUCGAGAGAUUUGUCCGUGCAAGAGCUCAAGAAGUUGAUUCACGAAAAGCGCAUUUUGUUGGAUGCGCUAGACGUUGAAGAUCAGCACAAUUCGCUCGCCAGAAAACAGGAAGACGAAAACAACUAUAGGGAGAUUGAGCACUUGAAGCACCAGGUGAUUGAUGUUCAAAAGGAGUUGAACAAAUAUGCUCUUGGUGCGAAUGAAGUGGAGAAGAAGCGCUUGUUGGAGAAAUUGGAUCACUUCACCAAAGACAAAGUCCCUUCGUUGAUGUCGCAGAUCUAUCAGGUUACUGCAGAUAUCACUCAGGCAAAGAUUGAAUUGACCAAGGCCAAAUUGAAGAAGCAGUUUCCUGACUGGCUGCCUGAAAGUGGCGAUGAAGGAAUUGUGGGUACGGGCAUUAACGGCGAAGUUACCGAGGCCGAUAUUCGCAAGCACAAAUCGAAGCAACUUUUGAGGCAAAGAAUGGCUGCCUUGACAGGAAAGCCUAUUCCUGGAGGCUCAAACAAGGAUGCAGAAGCUCAAUUGCAACAAGAAAUUGAAGCAGCCAAGAGAGAAAGUGAAAGCCAGCAAGGCAUGAUCAAGGACAUUGAGACUAGUAUCAAGGAGUUGGAAGACGGCGCAGCCGUGCAUUUGCAAACUUCGGUCAAGUCUGAAGCUACUUCCAGCAAGUGGGAGGAAGGCAAUGAUGUUUCCAGUAUGAUGAGAGCAUUUAUUGAUGAAUUGAAUGCUUUUGCUAAGGCGGAAGCCAACCAGCCAAAGUCUGAUCAAUCGAUGCCAGUCGCUAACCUGAUCCAGAAACCGACUAAACCAUCAACUCUGUCUUCUUCGUCGCUAGCAUCUACGCCGACUCCCAAGGCCAAGCCAGCCUACAAAACGCCAGAGGAGCGGUCUGCGUACAUCAAAGCACAGGCAGAGAAGAGAAUGAACGAACGUUUGGCCAAACUUGGAAUUUCAAGGAACAAGAAUCACGAAAGAGAAGAAGCGGCUCCAGAAAAGGCCCCAGAACCUAAACCUGAACCAAAAGUUGAACAAAGGGCCGAAAGACAGGAAGCUAAACAAGAGCCAAAACCUCAACCAAGAGAAGUGCCUGAGCAACCUAAGCCUCAACCACAGGUCCAGCAAAAUGUAGAGCAACCGAAGCCCCAAGUUGCGUCGCAAAUUGUGGAACCUACGCCGGUACAUGCAGAAAGAAAUGUUCCAGAAGAGUCUGAUGAUGAAGAAGAUGCAGAGUACGCUGCACUUUUGAAACAAAAGCAAGAAAUGGAAGCUCGCAAAAAGGAAAAAGAGCUCAGAAAAAAGCAGGAGAGGGAGGCAAGAUUGGCCAAGUUGAAGAAAGAGAUGGCCGCAUUAGAAGACGACAGUGAUGAGGAACCGGCCCAGGUUCAAGCUGUGCUGUACAAGCCUUCAAGUGUACACAAUGAAAAGAAACCAAACCAAUCUGAAUUCCAGCCAGAAGCUAAGACAGAACCUCAAGCACCAGUAGCGAGCAAACCGGCCGAGCAGGCUCCCGAGCAGACUAAGCCAAGUGCAGAGACUGCAAGUGCAAGCUCCGAGACAGGACCUCACAAGAGCAACCCAUUUGCCAAGUUUGCAACAGGACAGCCUUCAACUCCUGGUGCCAACUCCAAUCCAUUUUUCAAGCCUACAAAUAAAACUGAGCUGGUCGACCAGAACAAGUUGGCGGCGCAAAGAGCUUCACAGCGCGGCUUGGGGUCGGAAGAUUGGAGUGACGAAGAAGAGAACAGUUCUGAUGACGAAGAGCCAAAUCGUGCCGGGGCAGCAAAGUUGGCCAGUUUGCUUUUUGGCGGAAUGCCUCAGCCUCUUUCAAGAGCAACAACAGGAAAUGCCGGUUUCCAAGCUCAACCAUCUCAACCCCAAGCACCUGAAGCACCGCAAGCAUCCCAACCUGAACAAGCGCCUCAGCCACCACAGGAGGCGCCAGCGGUUCCAGUACCUCAGGGUCAGCCUCCAGUUCCUGAGACACAACCUCCAGUGCCUCAGGGUCAGCCUCCAGUGCCUGAGACACAACCCCCAGUGCCUGAGACACAACCCCCAGUGCCUGAGACACAACCCCCAGUGCCUGAGACACAACCCCCAGUGCCUGAGACACAACCUCCAGUGCCUCAAGCGCAGCCUUCAGUGCCGGUUGCGGGGUCAGCAGAAUCUGCUCCUCCUCUUUCUGCAUCAAGUCAUAUUUCGGAUGACUCUUCUUUCGACAACACCACAGACUCGUCGGAUGACUUUGCAACGCCCUCUCCACAGGCAUUUCCACCUCCACCAACCGAUGGGAUUCCACCUCCGCCUCCACCCCAAGGAAUGCCGCCUCCACCUCCCCCACCAGUCCCUAUGCCACCUAGUGAUGGUGUGCCACCACCUCCUCUGGCAAUUCCACCACCUCCUAUGGGAAUUCCUCCUCCACCUAUGGGAGUUCCACCUCCACCUCUGGCCGUUCCCCCACCACCGCAGGCUCCCCCACCAUCUUUUGGCUCGGCACCCCCAGCUCCUGGAGGACCUCCACCUCCUCCUUCGUUCUUAAGUGCCCCAGCACCACCGCUGGGAGGUCCAAGCGCGGUGCCUAAUUUAGGUGCUUUGUUGGGUCAGAUCCAAGGAGGAAAAGCAUUGAAGAAAGUGGACGAUUCCGAGAAACAUGUCGCAGAGAACUCUUUGGCUGGUAGAGUGUUGUGA